AUGUUUAGAAUAUCUUCUCAUACUCCACAAUUAUUGAAGACAGCAACAGUUCAGCAUUUGGAUAAGUUUGCGGCGGAUGGUUUACGAACGCUCUGUUUGGCUUAUAAGAAAAUCGACAUCGAUGUUUUCGAGAAAUGGCAUGAACGGCAAAAAGAAGCAGCUGUGUCCCUGACAAAUCGUCAAGAGCGACUGGACCGGGUGUACGAUGAACUUGAGCAGGAUAUGAUACUGCUUGGUGCAACGGCGAUUGAAGAUCGGCUGCAGGACGGUGUUCCUGACACAAUUGCAGAGCUCGCUCGUGCUAAUAUCAAGAUAUGGGUUCUUACCGGUGAUAAGCAGGUGCUACUCGCUGAGCAUAUCAAAUAA